AAGCAAGCAAUACAGCAAUGGAAAGAGAGAAUUCAGAGCUGUACCUGCGCAACUGUCAGAUUAUUCGCGAGAAUGAGAGGCUGCGGAAGAAAGCUCAACGUCUCAACCAGGAGAAUCAAGCUUUGUUAUCAGAGCUGAAACGGAAGUUAGCAGCUAAAAAUGCCAAGCGGAAACCUGGAUUUGAAGUUGAAUUGGGUUCGAAUUCUGUCAGUGAUCAAAUGGAAGCCAACAAACGUCAGGCACUGGAAUGAGAGGUGCUUUAUGCAGUUCAAAAUUAUGAGAAAUUUCAAAUUGGGUUUUACCAAUGUCAUAGCAAUUACCAGGCAAUGUGCCAUUUGAAACUAUUUAUUGUUGCAUUUACUCCAAAAUAAUGUACUAGUUUAGUAAUCAAAUCGAAGUGCUUAGAUAAAAGGUCUACUACCAAUUGUACUCCCAAGAACAAAAA